GCGUUCUCUAAGCAUCAAACACUUUCGAUUCAGUUCCUUCGAAAUCACUGUUUUCACACCAAAUAAGGAUCAGGCAUAAUGGGUUUCGGCUUCCGUGGGUUUCAAAGGCGUGUGAACAUCCCAAAGGGAAGUGUAGCAGUGUAUGUAGGAGAAAACCAGAAGAAGCGUUUUGUGGUUCCCAUAUCGUACUUGAACCAACCUUCUUUUCAAGAGUUGCUGAGUCAAGCUGAACAAGAAUUUGGAUUUGAUCAUCCAAUGGGUGGCCUCACACUUCCUUGCAGAGAAUAUGUCUUCCUUCAAGUCACUUCUCGCUUGCACAGGCGAUAGACAGAAUCAACUAAUUGUUUGUGUAGAAAUGACAAAAUUUAACCAUGUAUAUACAUACAUACUUUUUCAUCUUUCCAUUUUGUUCUUCAGGAAAGAUAUACUGUAACAGAAUUCCAUGAAUACAAGAUUAUC